AUGCAAAGUAAAACUACUAAUAAAAUAUUUAACUUAACUAAAAAUGUGUAUAUAUUAUAUAUAAUAAUUAACAUAAAUUCACUGUUACUUUAUGGACACUCAACAAUAAACAAAUAUGAAACUAAAAGAAUAAACUUUCAAAAUUAUUUUUAUGUAAAAUUAUUAAUUAAAAAGCAACAAAUAUGUAAAAAUAAUUAUUCCUAUAAAAAACCUCAUGUUUCAAAAUUUUCGUUAUAUACAAAAAAAAGACAUAAAGAAGCUUUAGAAAUAAAAAAAUAUAGAAUGAAAGGAACAUCAUCAAUAGCAAGACAUUAUGGAUUAAAAGGCAAAAAGAGAAUCAACAAAGUUACAAUGAUGCCUCAUAAAGAAAUUAAGUUACCAAUAAGAAGGUGUAUGAUUCUAGGAAAAAUGGAUAAUUGGAAUGCUCGUAAAAUUUCCAAGUCAGGUGUAAAAACACAUAGGAUACAAAGGUUAAAUUUAAUUAAAAAAAGAAUUUUUUUUGAAGAAGAAAAUAGGUUCGUAAAAUUAAAAGUUAGCGCAAAGGGAUUAAAAACAAUAAAAAAAUAUGGUUUAAGUUACUGUUGUAAAAAAUUUAAUUUAGAUUUAAGUAAAAAGAAAUUUGACGCUGGAUACUCAUUAAGAAGAAAAAAAAAAAAAGAUAUUAUCAAUGAAAAUCAUAAAUUAAAUGAAAAAACAAAUGAAAUUCAUGAAGAUGCUAAUAAUAUAAUGAAUAAUUUAAAUUUAAAUAAAUGA